GUUGGAAGCCACUGUUAAGGGAAUACCUCCGAAGGUGCUCGGUUCUGCAGCUUAUCAAGUGGCAAACAUGGAUGUGUUAAAUGGUACCCCUGCACUUUUCCUAAUACUGCUGUUCUACAAGAGUAACCAGCUCUCAUCCUUUCUUGAAGAUGAGAGGUUUUUUUCAAGCCUGGAAACCCUUGUGAGCUGUGGGUUUUGUGGACCUACAUCGCCCCUGGCAUUUGGAGAGGCUGUUUUAGGAGCGAUUAGUGGGAGUGUGGAGGCUGUUAAGAACAAGAAACGGCUCUGGAGGAUGUGGAGCGCGGUGGUAAACCCUCUGACGGACACCAUCACUCGGACCAAUGAAGUUAAUCAAGGAGAUGCUCUGGAGCAUAACUUCAGUGCCAUUUACAGUGCCUUGAUGUUCCCAGUCAUUCACCUGCUGCCUGGUUCGCCCCUACCCCAAACCACUCAGAAGGCCAUGAUCGGUACGUGGUCCAGGCUUUACAAGGCGUUUGCUCGCUGCUCAGCUUUGGUAGCCACAGCGGAGGAGAACAUAUGCUGUGAAGAGCUGUGCGCCAAGAUCUCUGCCUCUCUUGACACCGACGCUCUGAAAAAUCUGCCAAUGUUAGAUGCAAUGGCACAUAUCUUGCUGGUCAUCAUUGAGAGUAUGGACUUCUCUCCUUACACCCCACAGUUCCAGCAGAAGAUGAAAUCUCCUCAUACACCUUUGAGUUGGGUACGCAAGAGGAGCAAAGCUCUGGGGAAUCUCUCGACCUUUCACACUCUCCUGAUGCAGACUCUAGAUGCUUUCCUGUCUGUGGACCUCUCAGAAGCAUCUGUAGAGUCCACCAGUGGAGUUUUCAGUGGAAUUGGCUUGACGCUGGUCUCUAACUUGUCAACACUUUUCACUAAUAUCACUCUACCCACGUUCAUUCAAGAGGUGCUGUCCACCCUCACCAAACCACUCGCGCGCCUUUUUGAACAGUUCUCCAGUCAUGAUGAACCAUCAAAGCUCAGUGCGACACUAGGACCCAAGUUUGAGAAACUGGCCACAGACCUGCUUGGCUGCCUUCAGACGCAAUCAACUCUGCAUGAUGAUGAGAUGCUUGCCAUGUUGUCGCCCUUGCUUUGUGUGCUUUUUCCGCACAAGAGCAAGCAAAUUCGUACUGUGGUCACGCAGUUCUGGAAUGCCACCUUUGGAAAUGCACUCACCUUGACUUACCCUGAGCCUCUCAAGUCUGUUUUAAGUCAGGCUAAGCAAAAGACUCCACUGAUUUUACCUGGUUUUGAAGCCGUUGAUGCACCAGAUGAUUGCAGUGGACAGUAUACGGGUGAGAGUUCUCAGCUGGACCCACAGAUCAGCGGGGUAAAGAUGACCUCUGUGGGAAAGAGGGACUCUCUUCUGGCGAGGGCAGAAGAGCUUAAAGGAAGAGGCUCUGCAACUGCAGCAAAGCCGAUGUCUGUAAAGCUGGAUUUUGGAUCACCCAAGCCCUUGAAGCGAGACGCUAUUGAGGAGGCGGCAUCAGUGGAUUUUGUUUUUAUUCCCCCUGAGACAAAGGAGAGAGUGCUAACUGAGCACCAGAAAGAGGUCAAAAGGACUAAACGGGUUGACAUUCCUGCACUGUAUAAUAAUCUGGAUGUCUCCCUGGACACCACAGCCUUUUCACAGUAUACUCAGAGUCAGGAAGAGUCCAUGGACAAAUUGACAAAUGAUGAAAAGGAUCAACCAGAGGAAGAUGCUGAUUUUCAGCUAAAGGAGGUUGCCUCAACUGAGGAACCAACCACAGAUGUUAAACUAACCCAAGAAGGCACUGGGUCGGUUGUAGAAACACCAGAGAAAGCUACACAAAAUAAAGAUAAAACUUCAGAGAAGAAUCAAUCACCAUCCAGUGACAUCUCAGUUGAUGUGAGUGGGCAUGAGAAAAGUGGACUUGAGGGGACCAGCCCUAAUGUUUCAGGUUCAUCUGAUAUGAUAUCAGGUACACCACCUAAACCCAAUAGGAGGCGUCAGUCUUUCAUAACCUUAGAGAAAUAUGUUGAUGGGAAAUCACCAAGUCCUGCAAGUGUUGCAUUUACUGGUCCGCACAUUCGCAAAUCAAGUAGACUGAGUUCUUCAAAGGCAUUGGAGGCUACUCCAAAUGACUCACAACUUCAGACUACAAAAGAGGACUCUCGAAAGAGAAGCAGCACUGACCCAUCUGCUCAAAAUGAGGAAGUAAAAGAUAAGAUGUCAACAGGUCAUCGUGGUGAAGGUACAGAUGAAGAAGAGGAUGAUGUGGUCCCAGAUAUCCAGACCCAAUUAUCUGGUGACACGUCAGGUGAUAAGAAAAGUCCUGUGUCCAAAGCCAGUGUAGAGGAACAAGAUUCUCCUGAAAAAGAUUCACAGAGUCUUGCUGAUUCUCAAGCUAGUCAAGAACCAAGAAGGUCAGGCAGACGGCGAAGUAAACCUGUACGCCCAGGGGAAGAUCCAGGGGAGAUGAAAAGCAGAUGUCAAGAACAAGUUGCAGAUUCUGCGGUGACAAAUACACAGAAGCACAUACCGUCCCCAACAAUUAGCAUUUUGACAGGAAGAAGUACGGUUAUUGAGGACCGUAAAUUUGGAGAUCAGUUGAACACUAAAGGAAUAGAAGGAGAGCUUAGCCAAAGUAAUUCACAGAUUUCCUCUGCAGAAUCUUCACAGGCACUUCCACAGGUUCCAAUAUUUAUGCUUGGUAAGAAAGAGCCAAGCCAGACUGUGUCCUCUUCUGAUAGUUCUCCUGUAACUCAAUCGGAUGGCCAAAGCAAAGAGCGAUCGUCAACUCUCAAUGAGCCUGAAGGUUUGUCACCGGGUAAACCUAUGAGGAAGACUAGAGCGCACCUUGAGGAAUCAACAGACAAGGAGGCAGAUGAAAACUCACAAAACGAUCCUCAUAAUGCUGCAUCCACUUUGAAAAAGAAACAUUCACAGACACCUCUUUCCGAUUCUGAGGCUGAUGGCCAGCAAACUGCCCGAACGCGAAGAACAAGGAGAUCUGAAUCUCAAUUACUGGAGCUGGCUGGUUCGCAGACCAAAGACGACUUAAGUCAGACAGACUCUCAAACACUGACAAUGGUGAAGGGUAGAGCUAUGCGAAGGAGAACUGCAGAAGAAGAGACCGACUAUAGUAUUAGAGAUGCCACAUCAACUGUAAAUGCUGAGGAGUUAAGUGCAAGCCAAGAUUCCUCAGAAGGUCUUGGUAGAUAUAGAACUCGACGCUCUAAAGGUUUGUUGGCUCCUACCGACAACACAGAGUCUGAAAACUCUGAUAGCCGACAAGAUGGACCAAGGCCUAAAAAGAGGCCGCGCAAAACAUUAUCCACAGAGGUGCUGCCAGUUGCCACAGAGCACAUAGUUACCGAGAUGGGGCCAGAUAAGGAGGGUAUUGAUGUUUCAAUGGAGAUGUCACAGGACGAGGCAGAUAUUGAAACUAGUUUGAAUAUUUUAGUCAUUGAGACCGAAGAACUUGAGCAAAAGUACAAAGAAGAGGUCCCUGCCCCUGAUGGUGUACCACAUGAACAGAUUACCUCGGAAAAAGAAGCAGAUGAUGUCAAAAUUCAGAUAGAACUGAAGACUGAAACUUACACAGAUGAGAAGGAGGUCAUUAGUGAGAAAGCAGAAGGUGAAGAAUUGAAUUCAUCUUCACAGAUUGGAUUGGAAGAUUUAAUCGAGAAGACUAAUGUUCCGCGUAAAUGUCCACAUACCAGGGGACGGGGCCGUGGGCGUAGACGAUCUAGAAGCUGCAACUGCUUUUCAAACAACCGUGAUGUGUUCUCACAGGGCAGUGACUUCCAAGAAUCGCAGGAUCUGAAAAGUGAGCAGGUUCCACUUGUCACUGAUGCCCUGAACUCUCAACCUGAGCAGUCAAGCUCAACAUCCGUAGCAGAGAAAAGCGAGAGCUCAGGAAUUGCAGAUGUCCCAGAUGCUGAUUUUCAGCCAUUUUCAGCAUUGCCUGCUCAAUUCCCAUCUGAGGUUUUCCCUUCUGAAAGUCCCAUUGCAAAGCUUGGUGUAAUUGUUUCUCAGCUGUCUGAAGCAGAGGAAGGAACACAGCUUGAAUCAUCCAAACCAACAGGUGAAUCAAACAAGGAGCAUGUAGAGCUCCCAGAGGCCGAGACAAAGCAGUUGGAGAGUGCAGAAGAUGUCAAAAUUAAGAUAGAACUGAAGACUGAAACUGAUACAGAUGAGAAGGAGGUCAUUAGUGAGAAAGCAGAAGGUGAAGAAUUGAAUUCAUCUUCACAGAUUGGAUCGGAAGAUUUAAUCGAGAAGACUAAUGUUCCGCGUAAAUGUCCACAUACCAGGGGACGGGGCCGUGGGCGUAGACGAUCUAGAAGCUGCAACUGCUUUUCAAACAACCGUGAUGUGUUCUUACAGGGCAGUGACUUCCAAGAAUCGCAGGAUCUGAAAAGUGAGCAGGUUCCACUUGUCACUGAUGCCCUGAACUCUCAACCUGAGCAGUCAAGCUCAACAUCUGUAGCAGAGAAAAGCGAGAGCUCCGGAAUUGCAGAUGUCCCAGAUGCUGAUUUUCAGCCAUUUUCAGCCUUGCCUGCUCAACUCCCAUCUGAGGUUUUCCUUUCUGAAAGUCCCAUUGCAAAGCUUGGUGUAAUUGUUUCUCAGCUGUCUGAAGCAGAGGAAGGAACACAGGCUGAAUCAUCCAAACCAACAGGUGAAUCAAACAAGGAGCAUGUAGAGCUCCUGGAGGCAGAGACAAAGCAGUUGGAGAGUUCUGGGUGCACAGGUAGUCAAAAGCACAAAGAAGAAGAUGGAUUGGAAAACACUUCAGUAAGUCAAGAACCUCUCCAGAGUUCAACACCUCAAGACACAUCUCCAAGUCAAGGACGCCCAGUGGAAGAUGCACCUAAAUGCCAAGAGCAGCUAGAGUCUUCCCGUGUCCAGCAGGAGGAUGCAGUUAACCCAGCAGUGAAGGAAAGUGAAGACCUUGCUGUUUCUGAGUCAAAUGGCAAAGAAUUGCUUGACAAGGAUGUUGCUCUUGUUGAGAAGGAUGAAGACACUCAGAUAGACAACCGUGAUCCUCCUGUGUACCCACAAGAAGAGAUGUCUGUACCUCCUGAAAGUAGUACCUCUGGAGCCUGCUUAGAUUCACCACCCAAGCCUAAACCUUUGGACGCUCUUAGUGGCGAGCUGGAGCCUGGCCAGAGUCCGAGCAGAAACCGAUCUAGUGUCUGGUCUCCAUCUGCUUCUCCAUCCACCAGUAUUCUGAAGAAGGGGCAGAAGAGAACAUGUGAAGAGGAUACACCCUCCCCUCUUCAUAAGUCGCGUCGAGUGUCUUUUGCAACUCCAAUUUAUCAUCAAGAACUGGCUGAUGAUAUUGAUCGACGUAGUCCAGUUAUUCGCACAAGCUCACCUAGGUCCAAAGUCUUGAGUGGACAGUCGAAGUAUAUCACUACACCCACAAAAGGAUAUACAAGUCUAAGUCCACGUAACCUCCGUAGCCCUGGAUCCAAAAGCUCUAAAAAAUGCCUGAUUUCAGAGAUGAGCCAGGAGCCACGUCCUAUUGCUAAAGAUUGUGUUUAUCCAGCACUUGUUGGCUGCUCUACCCCUGUAGAGGCUGUUUUACCACAGAUAUCCUCCAACAUGUGGCCUCGUGGCUUUGGUCAGCUUGUUAGAGCAAGAAACAUCAAAACGGUUGGAGACCUGAGUGCCCUUACCCCAAGUGAAAUCAAGUCUCUUCCUAUUCGCUCGCCUAAGCUGUCCAAUGUGAGGAAAGCACUUAAAACCUAUUAUGAACUGCAGAGAAAAGGGAGUUCUGAUGACCUAAAGAGUUUUGACGAAAUGGAGAAAAUGACAUCUGAGCCUGAAGAGAUGGAGCUUCCUCAAAACCAAGAGGAGGAGCAAACACUAGGAGAGGCUCAAGAUGACAGACCAUCAGAAGUGGAAGUAGAUUCAGAACCGAUGGCUGAGGAGAACAAAUCUCGUGAUUUGCUCUCAGAUGUUGAAGCCCUUAGUGGACACCUAACUUCAGAGGAACUUGGUCGCUGCUCACCCAACCAGCUGGGUCUGAUGCACGAACAUCUGAGCGGAAUGAUGAGAAGCAUUGUGACCCACAUGCAGUCCCGCUUGCUGAGUCAUCUUGAUGAUAGCUUGCCAUGAGGAAUCUUGAUGAUAGCUUGCCAUGAGGACAUUGAGACAUUUUCCUGACAUAAUUCACUUUUAACUUGAAGAUUAACAGUGGACUGCUCAUUUCUCAAGUUUUAGCUUGAAUUUUAGAGUAGAUGAAUUUCUAAUUAUGCUCUUUCAGAGAAUAGACUUCAGUGGCCGAAAGCCAUUGCUACUUAAGUGUCAAUGUAUUUUAUGGAGUGAUUUUUAAGACCGUAAAAUUGUGGUGAGAUGCCAAGGAAACUUUUUUUUUUUUUAAUAAAGCUAUAGUAUUAAUACAAUUUCUUUUUUCAUUAAAUGCUUGGAUUUUUUUUGUCAAUAGCUCUCUUUGUACAAACCACUAAAUUACGAAUACAUAUCCAUGACAGGAAACAGAUGGACUGCAGAAGCAUGGUGUGUUUUAUUAUCUACUGAUUCAAGGUAUACAUCUUCCUCUAACCCCACACCUACAGAAUCAAAGAAACAAAACACACAUGCAAAUAGUGGCCAGCCUUCAGCAAGGGAGGGAGGAGGCUUGCUUUUAACAUCAAUACAUUUUCAUUUUUGAGGAACUGAUGGCCUGUCCUCAACGUCUUCAAGGUUUUUUUUUCUUAUUUUCAUUUUCACUUUAGUGCCGCUGUUCGGUUUUUAUAAAACAAUUUCAGAUUUUCCUUUUUCACAUAUAAAGUGAACCAUGAGCCCAUCUCUCGUUGUGCAAACGUUUCAGCGUUAAAACUUUCAGGAUGGCCUUCUUUGAAUGUAGUGUGAUUGCAAUAUACAAAAAUAAUGGGCUCCAGUUACUU